GCCAUUGUCAGCGGGAGCUCUUUCUAGGAGACAUGAAGGUGGUUGAGAACCAGUGUCCUCAUUGCCAAAUAGAUGGAAGCUUUCUCUGGCCAAGCCAGUAGAUAUCUGGAAUAAUUCUGUUUGGCAUGUCUGUCUCGUCUCCAGAUACACAGCAUGAAAACAGAUAUCCAGUGACCUGGGGUAUAGGAUAUGGCGCAAUUAUGUUGUUGAAAUCCUUUUUAACCGGAAUUCGUUCUCUUUUAUGUCUAAGUGCAGUGUUUGCUCGUUUUACACCGUUGCGGAUGGCUGCAUAUGAUUUUACCCUUUGUUUUCUCUCGGGUUCGCGACUGUGGCACCACUGGUGUAAGAUCCAAGGCACCCAUUUCACAUUGCGCUGUCAAUAUCCGCAGAAACCCCCCUUCUUUAGAAAUACAUAUCGCUACACAUUUUAUCUUAUAAAAAGCUUCAUAUUCGAAAGUGGGAAGGAGGCUCUUUCGCGUGCUCUGGUGCAGACCCCACCUGAUCGACACCUGUAGCUGCGCAGUCAAUCGGAACUGAUGCCUUGACCCUACCCAAAUUCCUGAUUUGCGCAUAGUUCCCCAUCCCCAGGAUGCAGAUUCACCAAAUGGCUCUUCGAUCCUCUACAGCUUGGUGGGGUGCAAUGACCUCGCUAAAAUACAUUUUUGGGGGUACGUCCACUUCUUACUGUUUUCACGGGAAUCUCUUCGUGGUCCCUUGAAACGCUUCACGACUUCGAAACUUGAGAUUAUAUGCAAAGA